AUGUCAACUCCUCAAAAGCUUUCCAUUUUUGUUUUCCAUCUUCUCUUCCUUUCCUUACUUCCUUUGAAGAUUACCUCUUCACCAAGAUCACAAGCGGAAGCCCUCAUUCAUUGGAAGAACAGCUUGCUUUUCUCUCCAACUUCUCUCAAUUCUUGGUCCCUGGCAAACAUCAACAACCUCUGCAACUGGACUUAUGUUGCUUGUGACAGCACUGGCAUGUUUUCUGAAAUAAACCUAUUCAGUGCAAACAUCACCGGCACUCUCACCCAAUUCAAGUUCACACAGUUCGCCAAUCUCAUACGAUUUGAAGUCAAGAAUAACAGUCUCAAUGGACCGAUACCUUCUGCUAUUGGUAGCCUGUCCAAGCUCAUUCUCCUGGAUUUGAGCAACAAUUCUUUUGAAGGUAACAUACCAUCGGUGCUAGGGCGACUGAAGGAGCUUCAAUAUCUCAGUCUGUUCAAUAACAAUCUCAAUGGUACUAUUCCUUACCAAGUUAGCACUCUUCAAAAAUUGUUGUACUUAGACCUUGGCUGGAACAAAUUAGACUCUCCUCACUGGUCCCAAUUCUUAGCCAUGCCAUUCUUAAGACACCUCAGUCUACGAAACAAUUCACUUAAGUUAGGCUUUCCAGGUUUCGUACCUGAUUGUAGGAAUUUGACUUUCCUAGACCUGUCAGUGAACCAUUUGAAUGGGCCAAUACCAGAGUCAGUUUUUACCCAUUUGGGCCAGCUUCAGUCUCUCAAUCUCACAAAUAAUUCAUUCCAAGGACCGCUUUCGCCAAACAUUUCCAAGCUUUCCAAGCUCAUCAACCUCCAUCUAGCAACCAAUAAGUUAAAUGGUCCAAUUCCUGACAGUAUAGGAUUCCUGUCUGAUCUUGAAACUUUGGAAUUGUUUAAAAAUUCAUUUGAAGGUAAGAUUCCAUCUUCCUUAGGCCGAUUAACAAAGCUUCAGAAACUUGAUCUUCAUUCCAAUGGUUUAAAUUCUACAAUUCCUUCUGAGCUUGGUUCUUGUUCUAACCUCUCAUUUCUGGCCUUAGCCAAUAAUCAACUUAUUGGGGAAUUACCUUUGUCAUUGUCCAAUCUCACCAAAAUAUCUGAGCUGGGUUUGUCAAAUAAUUCUCUUACGGGUGAGAUCCUGCCAUCUCUUAUCGCUAACUGGACCAAGUUGAUCUCAUUGCAACUCCAAUUCAACUCUUUCACUGGAAGGAUUCCUCCAGAAAUUGGCUUAUUAGCAAAGCUCAACUACCUUUAUUUGUUUAACAACAAAUUAUCGGGGUCGAUUCCCUUCGAGAUAGGGAACUUGAAAAAUCUAAUAGAAUUAAGCCUUGCAAGAAACCAGCUUUCAGGUCCAAUUCCUCUGACAAUAUGGAGUUUGACAAACCUACAACUCUUGCAGCUUUUCGAAAAUAAUCUCAACGGAACAAUUUCACAAGAGAUCGGUAAUAUGGCGUCGCUCUCCAAUAUUAACCUUGACAUGAACCAACUGUCUGGUGAGUUGCCAGAGACCAUUUCUCGCCUCACCAAUUUACAAGGCUUUUCAUUGCAUGGUAAUUAUUUCUCAGGUAGAAUUCCUCAGGAUUUUGGGAGAUACAUUCCUCAGUUGGCUUAUGUUUGCUUUUCCAACAACAGCUUCUCCGGAGAAUUGCCUUCUGAAUUGUCCAGUGGCUUUGCUCUUGAAUACUUGGCCGUUCAAUAUAACAACUUCACCGGGUCAUUGCCAGCUUGCUUGAGAAACUGUAGUGGACUAAACGAAGUUCGUCUUAAUGGGAACCGAUUUACCGGUAACAUUACAAAUGCAUUCGGAGUUCAUCCAAAUCUUGAAUAUGUUAAUCUUACUGACAAUCAAUUCACUGGUGAAAUCUCGCCAGACUGGGGAGAAUGCAAAAGCCUUACCAAUCUAACGAUGGACAGAAAUCGAAUUUCUGGUAAAAUACCAGCUGAGCUUGGAAAGUUAACUCAGUUGCAGGUGCUAACCCUGAGCUCAAACGAGUUGACUGGGAGCAUUCCUAAUGAGCUCGGAAAUCUGAAAAUGUUGUUUAACCUCAAUUUGAGCCAGAAUCAUCUGUCAGGACAGAUACCUCGGAGUAUAGCUAAUUUACUGGAGCUUCAUUAUUUAGAUUUGUCAGAGAACAGCUUGACAGGAACAAUACCAGAAGAGCUUGGGAAUUGUAACAAGUUAUUGAGCCUGAGCUUGAACCACAACAAUUUAUCUGGUGACAUUCCACGAGAGCUAGGGAGCGUAGCUGUUCUGCAGUAUUCACUAGACCUCAGCAGCAAUUCAUUUUCAGGAGAAAUCCCUCUAGAGUUGGGAAAACUCAUUUCACUGCAGAAUCUUAAUCUUUCACAUAACAAUCUCUGUGGUGAUAUCCCAACAACAUUAUCCAAAAUGAUCAGUCUUCGUUCAUUUGAUUUCUCUUACAAUGAGUUGACAGGUCCAGUUCCAACUGAUGGUCCCUUCCAAAAUGCUUCCGGAGAAGUCUUUGCUGGAAACCCAGGUUUGUGUGGAAACGUCGAAGGACUACCUCCUUGUUAUUCAAUUUCAACAGAAUAA